GACCAUGGGAGCUGCCAAAACACUUGUCCCUGGGCUCCAAAACCUCCUCAGUUUACUGGUGAUAUUAGUGGACGGGUGGCACGACCUGGAUAACAGUGACUAUGAUUGCUGGCCCCUGGAAAAACCAGAUGAGUAUAACAUGCUGGACUGUGGAGGUCUUCAGAUGGCCUGGGUCCAGAGACCUCCAGAAAAGGCUGUGAGUGGGGAGUUCUUCAAUGUAACAUAUGCAGUCUUUGCUUCAGAUCACUUUUACCACUAUGCUGUGCAAAAGGGACUCCUUUCUCACAGCAAUGCUGCAGCAGCCAAGAAGUUCUGUGAAGAACAAGAGUGCCCUUCCAACUGGAAAGAUGCAAACGAAGAGAACUGCUGCAUCCAUCACGCCAACAUCCACUCGUGCCCUUUGGCCUUCAUGGGGAAAGGUGGAAUAUGUGGCCCGUGGAUUCCAGAUGAUGGCCAGAUAUUUACUCACACCUUAUCUACAGCUGGAAAAAUGAGUCAGACAAACUGGACUGCCAAGGUCGUUUUGGUUCAUGUGGGGGUGACCUCUCUCAUCGCACACAUCAGGGUUGGGAAAAUGCAAGUUGCUCUGGAAGCCAAAACCACUGUUCUACCUGCAGUAGUCUGCGGAGAUGGUGUUUGUGAAGAAGAUGAAAGCUGUUCCACAUGUCCAGCUGACUGUGGGGAAUGCCCACUCACAGCUGAUGCCAGGAUAGCAAUUGCUUUACCAAUAUGUUUAGUCUGUGCUGGCUUCAUUCUGACAAUAGUGUGGUUUCAAUAUCAGAAGCAAAAGAUGUUCUGGGAUGAAAGCUGGAUUAUAGACUUCUCUCGCAUCAAACAAGAUCGCAUGCUACGGACGGCAAUGGGCAGCAUCAUUAGUGCAGCCCAUGCACCCAGCGACUCCAACGCCAGCUGUAUCACUGCCCUGAGUUCUUGCACAGCAGCUGUCAACACAUCCAGGAAACAGCACUUCACCCAGACAGGGAUAUAUGAUGGCAGAACAGUCGCCAUCAAGAAAAUAAGGAAGAAGACAUUCACUUUGUCCAAAUCCAUACGCAAGGAAGUAAAGCAAGUGAGAGAACUUGAUCAUCCCAAUCUCUGCAAAUUCAUCGGCGGUUGUACAGAGGUACCAAAUGUUGCCAUUGUGACAGAAUACUGUCCAAAAGGUAGCCUGAAUGAUGUGCUGCUCAAUGAAGACAUUCCUCUCAACUGGGGCUUCAGGUUUUCCUUUGCUGGAGACAUUGCCCAAGGAAUGGCUUAUCUUCACCAGCAUAAAAUCUAUCAUGGAUGCUUAAAGUCUAAUAACUGUGUGAUAGAUGACCGUUGGAUCUGUAAAAUUUCAGACUAUGGAUUACAGUCCUACAGAAAAGAGGAUCAUUGUGAGGGUGCUAGUACAUAUCAGCAGCGUUUGAUGCAGAUUUACUUGGCUCCUGAGGCCCAUUCAUCGUCAGACUUUGUCCUCACGUCCAUGGCAGAUGUGUACAGUUAUUCCAUCAUUUUAUUAGAGAUCGCAACAAGAAGUGACCCUGUGCAGGUAAGAGCUGAAGAGCUGUUUGUGAAAGUUCUCAUAAUUUUGAUCCUUCUGCCAUUGAAGUUAUUCUCAAAACUCCAGUUGACUUCAGUGGGAGCAGGAUUUGGUUCACAGUACUGUGUUCACAACGGAUUGAUUCUCAUUCAGCGGAAUAUCCUCAAUGCUACCUCUGACGAAUUAAUUCAGGAAAGUCCUGAGAAUCCUGCCCAUGCCCUAGCAGACUAUGUGGAGAUGGAGAAAUACAGCAAACACUUGGAAGUAGUAGUUGCAGAACGAACCCAGGACUUAAUGCAUGAAAAGCAGAAGACUGAUCAUUUAUUAUAUAACAUGGUAGUGUCGGGGGUGCCCAAAGAGAAUGGUAUUCGUCAUGCCAGUGAAAUAGCAAGUAUGGCUCUCGACCUGGUGGCCGUGUGCAAGACAUUUAGGAUUCCGCACAAACCCAACACCCAGCUAAAGAUACGAGCAGGAAUCCACUCAGGGCCAGUUGUAGCUGGAGUUGUUGGAACCAAAAUGCCCCGGUACUGCUUGUUUGGAGACACUGUCAACACGGCUUCCAGGAUGGAGUCCACCAGUGAGGCCCUUAAAAUACAAUGCAGUUCAAAUACGUACCAGCUGUUGGAGCAGAUUGGAGAGUACAUAUUAGUGUGUCGUGGGAAUUUGCAAGUCAAGGGGAAAGGAGACAUGGUGACAUACUGGCUGGAAGGAAAACAGAAUAUUGCCAUCCAGAAGAGAGCACCCAUCACUACCACAACCUCUCAAGACCUUGAUGGAACUACUUUUAGUUUGAUUCCAGGAGUCUUGCCCAAUGAUCCUCUCUCCAGCCCAGCUUAA